AUCUCUCUCUUCCCAUUUUAAAAAAUUUUUCAUUUGUAUAUCUAUUAUUCUCUUACUCUCUCCAAACCCCAGAAUAAUUCACAAUAAAAGGAAAAAAAAAAAAAAGAAGAAGAAAGAAGAAGGGGCAGAUUCGAUCUCUUGACCUUCCACAGUCAGUGCAGAUUUGUUGGAUACAAGGCGGAGUUAGAGAUUCAGCCACAAAUCUUCUCUCUGUCGCAAGUACAAUUACUGAUUACACUUGCAUCUAGCUGAAUCCGGAGUCCAUUUUCUUGCUUUUCAGUUUAGCUAAGCAGGUUUAUGGCAUGCUUUUGGGACCACCCUUUGGUUUUGUAUUAGUUCUGGAUAGCUGUUCUUCUACUUGACAUGCACCUGGAUCAAAAGACGCUUUGCUUGGCUUUAGGAGCAUAUUAGAAGUUGGCAUACUACUACUGAUUGUACAAGCUUCUUCCUUUUAUCAGCUUAAGUAUUUUCUAAUAGUUUAUAACAGAUUCUGGUAGUUCAUCCCAGGAUCAUUGACGUCAGAUACCCUUAUUUGUUCAUUCUUAAGAAUAUAAAAUAGAUACAUGCUAAGAUAGUCUUAUUCUAGUCUAACUUUGGGAGUUACAAAGAUAUUUUAGGUUUAUUGAGUUUAAUGGUUCUACGCGCAAGAAAAACAUUUGGUAAUAUCAUCUUGAUGAGGCCACUGGAUUCAUACAACAUUUAAUGCUGAAGGGGGAGAUGCUACUAAAUUGGAAGAAACCCCACAUUGACUUAGUUUUUACCUUCAUCAUAUACGGUUCAUUUAUGUCUGGUACAUCUGAGAGUAUAGGGAGGCUUUAAUGGUGUUUUACAAGAGGAAACCAUGGAGCACAUUUCAGAGAAAAGAUAUCCUGUAAGUGCAAAAGAUUACAAGUUAUAUGAAGAAGUUGGUGAAGGUGUCAGUGCCAUUGUAAAUAGGGCCCUCUGCAUUCCGCUUAAUGAGAUAGUUGCAAUUAAGGUUCUUGAUUUGGAGAGGUGCAACAAUGACCUGGAUGGCAUUCGACGAGAGGUACAGACAAUGAGCUUGAUUAAUCAUCCAAAUCUAUUACGAGCACAUUGUUCUUUCACUAUUGGCCACAACCUUUGGAUUGUAAUGCCGUACAUGGCUGGAGGAUCUUGCCUUCAUAUAAUGGAAUCUGCAUAUCCUGAGGGUUUUGAAGAGCUUGUUAUUGCUACAUUACUGCGUGAGACUCUCAAAGCUCUUGUUUAUCUUCAUGCUCAUGGUCAAAUCCAUAGAGAUGUGAAGGCUGGCAACAUCUUAAUCAAUUCUGAUGGUUCUGUUAAGUUGGCAGACUUUGGAGUAUCAGCAUGCAUGUUUGAUACAGGAGAUAGGCAGCGAUCCAGAAAUACCUUUGUUGGAACUCCAUGCUGGAUGGCUCCUGAAGUUAUGCAGCAAUUACAUGGAUAUGAUUUUAAAGCAGACAUCUGGUCAUUUGGAAUAACUGCACUUGAACUUGCUCAUGGCCAUGCUCCUUUCUCCAAGUAUCCACCAAUGAAAGUUUUGCUGAUGACAUUACAAAAUGCACCUCCAGGACUUGACUAUGAAAGAGACAAGAGGUUUUCUAAGUCAUUUAAAGAGAUGGUAGCCACUUGCUUAGUGAAGGAUCCAAAGAAACGUCCCACCUCAGAAAAGCUUUUGAAACACCAGUUCUUUAAACAUGCACGGUCAAAUGAAUAUCUUGCUCGUGCCAUUCUUGAUGGACUUCCUCCUUUAGGAGAGCGUUUUAGGUUGUUAAAGGCAAAAAAGGCUGAUCUUCUUCUUCAGAACAAGGCUCUGUAUGAAGAUAAGGAGCAAUUAUCACAGCAAGAGUACAUAAGAGGAAUCAGUGCUUGGAACUUCAACCUUGAGGAUUUGAAAAGUCAGGCUGCUCUUAUUCAGGAUUUUGAUGGCAUACCAAAUGCAGAAGAUCCUGAUGUGAGCAUGAAGCAAAAGGACAGGAACAAUAAUGUUGAGCCUACAGCUGAGAGGCUGUCCCAUGAAAGGGCUAACCAUUCAACUACUGCUCCUUGUCAUCAGGAUGAUUUUAGUGAUCUUCAUGAUUUGGAGAGUUCACUUCCUUCAUUUCCUAUUAAACCACUUCAAGCGCUUAAGGGUUGUUUUGAUGUUGGAGAUGAUGAUGUGGAUGGAACUAGUCCAGAUUGGAAAGGUACUGCCCAAUCAGAUUAUGCAGCAAAUGUUGUAAACCAAGAAAGUGAAGCAAAUAACACUGAUAACCUUGGUAGAAGCAGUUCUUUACCACGUAACGUCGUUGCGGAGCAUAAAAAAUUUUUGAGUGGACCGUUAAUGCCAGAUAAUGCUUUUUCUCCCAAAAAGAUUGUUGGAGAUGAGAACAGGGAUUUUCUACAGCCAAAAUAUCAACCAGAUAGAAACUAUAGCGGUCCAUUGUUAUAUCGACAGAAGAGGGAUGCAAAUAACCCUUCAUCAGCAGAGGAUUUGGCAGAAGGAGCAGUUGUCCAACGUAAGGGACGCUUCAAGGUCACUUCAGCAGAUCUCAGCCCAAAGGGUCCUACAAACUGUUAUUUCAGUCCAGUUUGUGGAGGUUCAACUAGUCCGUCUACAUCAAACCUUACAGCUGCCUCAGUUCUCCCAUCACUGCAUUGCAUUUUGCAGCAAAACACCAUGCAAAGGGAAGAAAUUCUUAAAUUGAUUAAGUAUGUGGAGCAAAACUUUGGAAAGCAAAUGGAGUCAGCUGAAGCAGCCACAAAUGACCUUUUGCCGAUAUCGCCUACUUCUGCUAGGGAGAGGGAGCUGCAGUCUCAGUUGAUUAAUCUCCAACAAAGUAUUGGAAGUCUUGUGGAAGAAUUGCAGAGACAGAAGAUGAAAAAUGCUCAGAUAGAGAGGCGUGUAACAGGCCUGAUGGACAUGCCAUCAUGUCCUUCCUUCCCUCCAGAGUACCACUGUGGUGUUGGAUAACAUAUAGGCACUCGUCCCCUUCCUCUGUAGAGCCUUUCAUGAAAGAUGUAGUUUUAGGAUAAUAUAUUGGCAUUUUGGUUCCCUUCAAAAUUUCUUACUGAUGCUUUUAUGAAUUAAUGGUUUUUGGAGACCUUUUUCGUCAUGGAUUUUUUUUCUUUUUGCCUCGUUGAAGAGUAUGUCACGAUAAUCAACCAUGCAUGUUUUUUUUUUUAAUUUGUUGAUUUGUUGUGAAAUGCUGUAUCCAAUUUGUACAAAUACCCAUUUAUAUCC